AUGCACUGUGUCCAGAUCCAGACGUGGAUGUUUGACAUGAACACAACUUAUCCUGACCUACUCCAAAUGUUCUCCAUCGGGAAGUCCUAUGAGGGACGACCGCUUUAUGUCCUUCAGCUAGGAAAGAGAAGUCGCCCCCAGAAAAAAGCCGUCUGGAUCGACUGCGGGGUCCACGCUAGGGAGUGGAUAGGCCCCGCUUUCUGUCAGUGGUUCGUCAAAGAGGCCAUCAAUUCCUACCGCUAUGACCCAAACACACGACGAUUGCUCAACCAGCUCAACUUCUACAUCAUGCCUGUCUUCAACGUGGAUGGAUACCACUUCAGCUGGACCAAAGAUCGAUUCUGGAGGAAGACCCGAUCUAAAAACCGCAAGUUCCAUUGCAGAGGAGUCGAUGCUAACAGAAAUUGGAAAGUGAAAUGGUGUGAAGAGGGAGCGUCGUCCCACCCCUGCGAUGACACGUACUGCGGCCCCUUCCCCGAGUCUGAACCUGAGGUCAGGGCGGUGGCCAAGUUUCUGCGCAAGCACAAGAAGCGGGUCAAAGCCUACAUCUCCAUCCACGCCUACGCCCAAAUGCUCCUCUACCCGUACUCUUACAAGUACGCCACCAUCCCCAACUUCAACUGCGUGGAGUCGGCAGCUCACAAUGCCGUCACAGCACUUUAUUCAGCCUACGGCAUCAAGUACAGAUAUGGACCUGCUUCUACCACCCUCUAUGUUAGCUCAGGCAGUUCCAUAGACUGGGCCUACAGGAACGGCAUCCCAUACGCAUUUGCGUUCGAGUUGAGGGACACGGGCUACUUUGGCUUCCUGUUGCCAGAGUCUCUGAUCAACCCCACGUGCACUGAGACCAUGCGGGCGGUGAAGGCCAUCGCCACAGGCUUGCUGAAGAAGUGCCCUCCUUACAGUGACCCCGACACAUUACCAUUUCUAUAAAUGCACUAUAAGAUCAUUUUAAUUUGUUUUUAAUACAAAAUAUUGUCUCAUUCUUUGAAAAUCUGCAAAAUAAGCUUCUCGCAGGAAGUGGCGGACAUCGAAGCACUUGUCAUGAUCCAGCGGCACUUUGCUGACACAAAAAAGUACCAGAAUUUGACCCUAAUGUACACCUAUGAAUGCCUUCAUUGCUGAAAUAUUUUUUUUUUUCUUAUCAGCUGUAUGUGAUUUUUGUGUUAUUUACAGGAAAUAGCCUGUCUGUGCAUGUCAUUACUCAGGUAUGGAUCCCAAAACGGCUUAACAGUUUUUGUGUGUGGUGUUGUAUACUUGAAUAAAUGUUGUUUGAUAUGCUA